GUUAGCACACGUUCCAAGACAAACGCCGGCACGGUAGGAAGCAAUUAACAAAACCCACUAUUACUGAUAUAAAGGAAUCCAGUGAAGAUGUCUAUCGGAGUACCAAUCAAAGUCUUGCACGAAGCGGAGGGACACAUUGUCACCUGCGAAACGAACACCGGUGAAGUGUACCGUGGGAAGCUCAUAGAGGCGGAGGACAACAUGAACUGCCAGAUGUCGAACAUCACGGUGACAUACCGCGAUGGUCGAGUGGCACAGCUGGAGCAGGUGUACAUCCGGGGCAGUAAGAUCCGCUUCCUGAUUCUGCCCGACAUGCUGAAGAAUGCACCUAUGCUGAAGAGCAUGAAGAACAAGAACCAGGGCUCUGGGGCAGGAAGGGGCAAGGCAGCCAUCCUGAAAGCCCAAGUGGCAGCAAGAGGACGGGGUCGUGGUGGAAUUGGCAGAGGAAAUAUCUUCCAGAAACGGCGAUAGUCAUCUUCAUCAUCAGUUGCUCAUCUUUUGCUUUUGUUUUGUACAGUUUUCUUUCUAAACUUAUUUUCAUAAGAAGAAGAGUGUGGUUAGAGUACAGGUCACAGGUCUUGGUGUAACUUGACUAAACAGCCAUUUUUUUUUGUUUGCUUUUAUAAUGGAUAUUUGUGCUUGUGUCUCAUUUGAAAUAAACUUUUUUCCCCCCUCUCCCAUCUGGCAUUCCUGCUUAGUUUCCUCUGGAAGCAUUUUAUUGCCACAGCCCUGAAGAUCACAACAGGAGAAACGGGUCACUUCCUGCUAGCUGUAGUAUGGCCAAAUGCCCAGAAUGGAUUUCUGUACUCUUGUUUCACUUAUACUGAAAAGUACAUUUUCAGUGCUAAAGCUGUACUAAUGAUGCUGGUUAAUGAGGAAAAAGACACCAAA